UGCGUUUGUAGUGUGUAUCCACGCCAACGGGCAACAUGGCGUUCGGUGUGACCUCACAAUGCCCGCCGCACCUGACUGGCCCCGAGUAUGGAGGCGGACUGGGCUUCGGGGGCGUUCUCGCUGGUCAUUGGACGAGCCGCGCUGCCGGACCCAGGAGAGGCGCUCAGUGUAGGUUGGUGGUAGAACAAUUGACGCCCCGCAUCAGCCCCACGAGCCCCAGUGCCGCGUGUCGGAUGGCAUCUAACUACAGAAAAGCUGGCUUGGGUGCUGCCCAGCGGAAGAAAAGUGGAUUGAAACCAGAACUGACUGAAGAACAAAAGCAGGAGAUCAGAGAAGCUUUUGAUUUGUUUGAUACUGAUGGAUCUGGAAGCAUUGAUGUAAAAGAACUGAAGGUAGCAAUGCGUGCUCUAGGCUUUGAGCCAAAGAAAGAAGAAGUUAAAAAAAUGAUAGCAGAUAUCGACAAAGAAGGAAGUGGCACCAUUGAUUUUGAAGACUUUUUGGCCAUGAUGACCCAAAAAAUGAAUGAGAAAGAUUCAAAAGAAGAAAUUUUGAAAGCCUUCAGAUUAUUUGAUGAUGAUGGGACAGGAAAGAUUUCUUUCAAAAAUUUAAAGAGAGUUGCCAAGGAGCUAGGAGAGAAUUUAACAGAUGAAGAAUUGCAGGUACUGAUGUCUGAAGCAUUACUGAGUUUCUACUAUUCUUACUUGGAGUGAAAUUCACCUGUAGGCAACACUGAAGGCCAGGCUGUGUGCACAAGAGUAAAUUUACAACUUUCAUACAAUCUGAUCGCACCUUGAUAAUAGAGAAAUAAUUUGUUAUACUACACAGAUGUCAAGAACUAGCAAAUUAAGAAAUUCUAUGCAUAUGGGAGCUGCUUUUUAAUUUUUAUUUUAUAGGAGUACUCAUGUUUUUGAGAAUGUUCAGGUAUUGCCAAUUUCAGCCUAACUGGCUUCUCAACAUUUCCUUUCUGCACACAAGCAUAUGGCAGCGAGGCUUAACAUGUCAUCUAAGGACAGAAUCCAGAGGGAAUUAUCCCUGAUUCACUGUCAGACAACCAAAUGAAAAGUUGUAAGAAGGCCAUAAAACCUAAACAGUAUCUCUCUUGAUUACAGCUCUUAAAUAGAGCUCAGAAGGGGGAGUGUAACACUUGCAAUUGCUUUUCAGCUGCAAGGCCCCAGCAGGGGAAAGCUAGUCCCAGCUAAGGAAGUGGGGAGAGUUAGUUUAUGUGAACUCUUGAUUUGCAGAUGCAGAGCUGAUAUGUUUUGUUAGAAUCGUUCUAGCUUCGGGCUCUGUACUGAUCUUCCGCUAUAUAAGCUAAGCCACACUUAACUUAUAUAGAGGUGGGCUCAAAUCCAUGGAUGGCCCUCUGUAUUGAAUAGAGCCCAUAUGAACUAGAACAUUUAUUUUCCCAAGUCAAUGUUAACUUUUUCUACUGCAGUAGAUGUGACCUAUGAUACUGUAAGCUUUUUAAAAAUACAUGUUUCAACUUUGUAUAAAGUGAAAUAAAACAAAUUUGCAAGUAUACUACUUGUGGAGUUGAGUUCAGGAAAUUGAAUGUACUAUCUAAAUAUCACUUUGUUUGAUCUGUGUGUACAGCAAUUCUGGACAAACUUUUUAGUUCUGUAUUUGAUAAGACUUUCCAAAAGAGAAAUGCAUAGCCUCUAAAUGUUCUGUCAAAUAAAACUUUUUUUCCCUGG